GACGACACUCCGCGCGCGCACCCGCCGGCCGGGCCGGCCUCCCGCGCAGCUCCCCUCGGCCGCCGGGCCCCCCGCGCCUCGCCCACCGCCACCCUCUGCGGCGCCACAUCUGGCCGCACCGCUGCCCCGCGCGGGUCCGCAGGGCGCGGCGCGGAGGCGCGGCGUGCGCGCUCGGGCCGGUCUAUGCGGAGCGGCGGGGGCUGCCAUGGGCCGGGGGCUGCUCGGGGGCCUGUGGCCGCUGCACAUCGUCCUGUGGACACGCAUCGCCAGCACGAUUCCGCCGCACGUUCCGAAGUCGGUUAACAGUGACAUGAUGGUCACUGACGACAAUGGUGCCGUCAAGUUGCCGCAGUUGUGUAAAUUCUGCGAUGUGAGAUUGUCCACCUGUGACAACCAGAAGUCCUGCUGGAGCAACUGCAGUAUCACGGCCAUCUGUGAGAAGCCGCAAGAGGUCUGCGUGGCUGUCUGGAGAAAGAAUGAUGAGAACAUCACGCUGGAGACGGUCUGCCAUGACCCCAAGGUCACCUACCAUGGAUUUGUCCUUGACGACGCUGCUUCUCCAAAGUGUAUUAUGAAGGAAAAAAAGGGGUCUGGAGAGACUUUCUUCAUGUGUUCCUGCAGCUCCGAAGAGUGCAAUGACCACAUCAUCUUCUCCGAAGAAUACGCCACCAACAACCCCGACUUGCUGUUGGUCAUCUUCCAAGUGACAGGUGUCAGCCUCCUGCCGCCGCUGGGCAUCGCCAUUGCUGUCAUCGUCACCUUCUACUGCUACCGCGUCCACCGGCAGCAGAAGCUGAGCCCGGCCUGGGACUCGGGCAAGCCGCGCAAGCUGAUGGAGUUCAGUGAGCACCUGGCCAUCAUCCUGGAGGAUGACCGCUCCGACAUCAGCUCCACCUGCGCCAACAACAUCAAUCACAACACGGAGUUGCUGCCCAUUGAGCUGGACACCCUGGUGGGCAAAGGGCGCUUCGCCGAGGUCUACAAGGCCAAGCUGAGGCAGAACACGUCUGAGCAGUUUGAGACCGUGGCCGUCAAGAUCUUCCCCUAUGAAGAAUAUGCCUCCUGGAAGACGGAGAAGGACAUCUUCUCGGACAUCAACCUCAAGCACGAGAACAUCCUGCAGUUCCUGACAGCUGAGGAGCGCAAGACGGAGCUGGGCAAGCAGUACUGGCUGAUCACCGCCUUCCACGCCAAGGGCAACCUGCAGGAGUACCUGACGCGCCACGUCAUCAGCUGGGAGGACCUGCGCAGGCUGGGCAGCUCGCUGGCCCGUGGCAUCGCGCACCUGCACAGCGACCACACGCUGUGCGGCCGACCCAAGAUGCCCAUCGUGCACAGGGACCUCAAGAGCUCCAACAUCCUGGUCAAGGGAGACCUCACCUGCUGCCUCUGUGACUUCGGCCUCUCCCUGCGGCUGGACCCCACUCUGUCUGUGGAUGACCUGGCCAACAGUGGGCAGGUGGGAACGGCGAGAUACAUGGCUCCAGAGGUCCUAGAGUCCAGGAUGAAUCUGGAGAAUGUCGAGUCCUUCAAGCAGACGGAUGUCUACUCCAUGGCCCUGGUGCUCUGGGAAAUGACAUCUCGCUGCAGCGCAGUGGGAGAAGUGAAGGAUUAUGAGCCUCCAUUCGGUUCCAAGGUGCGAGAGCAUCCCUGUGUCGAAAGCAUGAAGGACAACGUGUUGAGAGAUCGAGGACGACCCGAAAUCCCCAGCUCCUGGCUCAACCACCAGGGCAUCCAGAUGGUGUGCGAGACGCUGGCCGAGUGCUGGGACCACGACCCCGAGGCCCGGCUCACGGCGCAGUGUGUGGCCGAGCGCUUCAGUGAGCUGGAGCAUCUGGACAGACUCUCGGGCAGGAGCAGUUCGGAGGAGAAGAUUCCCGAAGACGGCUCCCUGAACACUACCAAGUAGCUCUUCCGGCGGCCGGCCAGUGUGGCUGGCCCUGCGGCCAAAGAGCAGAGGCAGCAGGAAGCUGCCCCUGGACGGUGCUUCCUGGAGCCCCGGGGCCGCUCCCUCCCCCCGAGCUGGGGAGGGGGUGACAGGAAGCGUCCUAUGUCUUUGACUUUGUCAUAGGAUAAGCUGUGUUAGCACUUCCUCAGGAAAUGAGAUUGAUUUUUACAAUAGCCAAUAACAUUUGCACUUUAUUAAUGCCUGUACAUAAAUAUGGAAUAGCUAUGUUUUAUAUAUAUCUAUAUAUGUCUAUAUCUAUCUAUACAGCCAUACUCUAGAAAGAGGUGAGGGAAAAGAUCAAAUAUGCCCAAGAAAUGGGUUGGAUGGGCGAGCUUGGCACUGAGCACAGAAGGAAGGGCUCUGGGCCAGCCUCAGCCCUUGGCAGUCACUCAUGUGCUAGGCCUCUGAGCACACAGGGGGUGGGCGUGGGGGUGGGGGUGGGGGCGCGGUCUUUGCCUUCAGAGGGAGGCUCCAGGUCUCAGAGCCUGCUGUGGCCAAGUUGCAGUUGCUUUUUUUGCAAAGUAAUAAUCUCCUGUCCUGGGUCCUGUUCUGGCCAUGGAGCUGAUUGGAGUCGCACUGUUUGGGGACCAGACCCUGGGGUCCCCAUGUGCCAUCAUCUCUCCUGGACUUGUCACUGGAGCUUCACGACCCACCUCUGGUUUGUAAAGCUCCUCCCUCAGCUAGUUCAGAAACUCUGCCCCAUUUCUAAUGGCUUAAAUGUUUUAAGCCCCAUGUUUUACCUUCACAGGCUACAGAAAAAUCAGGACACAUUUCCCCACCCAUGAAAUUGCCACGCCUUCUACUAAUGAGGAAUUGUUAUUUUUUAAAAAAAUUCCCCUCAUACCUAUGUUACUGUUCCCUGUUUCCUAAAAGGGAACAGGUCUCCCUUCCAGGUUCUUUAUGUUUAGUUUUUUUUUUUAACCACUCUUGGUUUCAGUCUCCAGCUUUCUAUGCAACACUAGUAGGUUCUAUGCUCUGGGCUUCAGGGGACUCGAGCACAUUUUGGCCAAGGGGAAAGUAUUUGAGCAGCACAGCACUGCCACAGUCAGGAGUCUCCUCAGGCACUCUGAACGUGUGUUUUGCUUGGCCAGCACAGUGUUUAACAAAAUCGAGGCACUUUUUAAAUACUUGGAGAUUUUGCAAAAAAAAAAAAAAAAAAAUUUGGAUCGUCAAGUAAGACUAGAGAGCAAAUGGUUUCCAGUUCUCUCCGGGCCACAUCAUUCACGGACGCAGGUGUGGCCACUUAGAAAGCUGCUCACUUCCGCCGUGACCGUUUGUGUUUUCCACCCACCCCCACCCCAGUCUGGGAAUUAAACCUGCUUCCAACCAAGGGCCCCUGUGAGAAAUGUGCGUCCACGCACUCCUUCUCUGGCUAUAGAGUAUAAUUCUGAUUCCCUUCCUGGGGUUAAGAUUUGAAGCUGGCCUUCUUUUGGACUACCGGGGACCUCCUCUGGGUGGUCCCUGUUAACCCAAAUCUCAGUUUGCUUGUAUUUUAAGAGCUUCCCCCUCUGCUUUCAGAGGGAGCCCUUUACUCCAAGAAGCUGUCGUCAUAGUUACUGGUCUCAGUCACACCUGCCUUCCCAACCUUUGCAGAAUUUGAAUGUGGGACACAGGAGUCCCAUGUACAGUUAGGAAAUCUGUGUCCACAUGGACAAAAACAAAGAAUGUGCUUUACUACUCCAUAGGAAACUCGUUAAUCCACAGACAAGUGUUAAUGCUGCAAAUAACAAUUUUUUAAAAAUGUUUUUGAAGCUUAUUUUGAAGCUUAUUUUCAGCCAAAUAGGAAUAUUGGAGAGGGACUGGCAGUGACCAGCUCUGCUUGGGUUUUGGAAGGUCUCAUCUCAUUGGGGUUUUAGCAGAUAUGCUGAAGUUUGGGAUUAGGUGGAACUUUUAGGAACCCUGCUCGGUGGGGUGGGCUGAGAGAGUUAAGGUAGUUUGACCCGCAAUGCCGCCGAAGUGCCCAGAAAUCCCCUGCACUUUAGGGCUGGUGAGGCCGUCCCAAUAGCUGUUGCUCAUUGACCUCUAGUGGUGAAUUUCUAGAAUACUGGUCCAUUAUGGGAUCUUCCAAGAGUCAAAAGAGCUUUAUCACUUCUGGGUGGUCAUCAGCAUAAACUGGAAUGUAGUGUCAGAUGAUACUGUGGCUUGUUUUAUGUUUGUUUCCCUUAUUCAAGAAAAAGACCAAGGAAUAUCAUUCUGUAGUUCCUAAAAAUACUGACUUUUUUCACUACUCUACAUAAAGGGAAAGUUUUAUUCUUUUAUGGAACACUUCACCAGUACUCAUUUAUUAAAAUAGGAAUGUGAAUGCUAUAUACUCUUUUUAUAUCAACUGUGUCAAGCACUUAUUUUCAUUCUAUGCAUUGUUUGUCUUUUAUAUAAAUAAAAUGUUUAUUCGAUUGAAUAAAACAAAAAUACUCAGGUCA